AUAUGACUUCUGUCGAAUAUAACACGAAUAUGCAUCUCAGUCGGUAAAAGAACGUUAACAGUGAACGGCGGUGGUAGCAAAUGCGAAAGUGAGAAUUUCUCUUGUUUUGCACGCAACGUUACACUGUGCUUCUGGUUAGUGUUCCGUCGUGCCGUGCACUGGUUGGCGGGUUUAUACUAAGAAUAUUUCCAGACUAGGCCCAGAGAAAGCUUGUUCGCGGAUCGCAACUAUCCUAAAAGAUGUGGCUUACUAUACUAGCAGUGUGCAUUAUCUGCUUGCUCCUCGCUAAAAGCACUGUAAGACCUAGAAAAUUUCCACCAGGACCUAAAUGGUUUCCCAUAGUGGGUAACGCCGGUGAAGUUAAUAAAUUACGUGAAAAAACUGGCUACCUGUACAAAGCUGUUAAAGAAUUAUGUAAUACAUAUUGUAAAGAUUCACCACUGCUAGGUCUCAAGAUAGGUAAAGACAAAAUCGUAAUGGUGAACUCACUUGAUGCAAACAAGGAGAUGUUAUACAACGAAGACAUUGAUGGAAGACCAAAAGGUAUUUUUUAUCAAACUCGAACCUGGGGCGAAAGGAAAGGGGUCCUAUUGACUGAUGGAGAGCUAUGGAAAGAACAAAGAAGAUUCCUAAUUAAGCAUCUUAAAGAAUUCGGAUUUGGUAGAAAAGGUAUGGGUGAUAUAGCUUGCACUGAAGCAUCCUUUAUGUUGGAUGACGUCGCAAAUUUAAUAAGCAAAGAUGGAGCCAAAAACGGAAUUUACAUGCAUAAUUUUUUUAACACUUACAUUUUAAAUACUUUAUGGACUAUGAUGGCGGGAAUACGAUAUCAAGCUAGUGACCCGCAAAUGAUAAUACUACAGGAUCUCUUAUUUGAUCUUUUCCGCAAUGUCGACAUGGUUGGAGCACUCUUUAGUCAUUUUCCAAUAUUAGCUACUAUUGCUCCUAAGAUGUCUGGUUACAAAGAUUUCAUUAGAACACACAAAAGAAUAUGGAGGUUUUUAAGAGAAGAAAUUGCAAGGCAUAAGGAAAAUCUAGACGAGGAUGUCGACAGCAGAGAUUUCAUGGGAGUAUAUUUACGAAAUCUAAGAGAACACGGUGAGAGAGACACAUAUUCGGAAGGUCAAUUAGUUGCAAUGUGUAUGGAUAUGUUUAUGGCUGGAACAGAAACAACCAGUAAGAGUAUGAGCUUCGGAUUCAGUUAUUUAGUACGAAACCAAACUGUGCAAAGAAAAGCACAGGAAGAAAUUGAUAGGGUUAUUGGAAGAAAUCGUUUGCCGACUCUAGACGACCGACCAAACAUGCCUUACAAUGAAGCAAUAGUUCACGAAUCUGUUCGACAUUUUAUGGGGAGAACGUUUGGUGUGCCACAUCGAGCUCUUCGUAAUACCACUCUAGCUGGAUAUAAUAUCCCUGAGGACACAAUGGUGGUGAGCAACUUCACCAACAUUUUGAUGGACGAAACUCUAUUUCCCGAGCCGUACACCUUCCAGCCAGAAAGGUUCAUCGUUGAUGGAAAACUUUCUUUACCAGAGCACUAUUUUCCAUUCGGCCUAUCGAAGCAUAGAUGUAUGGGAGAUGUGCUUGCUAAAUGCAACAUCUUCAUUUUCACGACAAGCAUGCUGCAGAAGUUUUCCUUCUUGCCCGUUCCAGGUGAACCUCUACCUUCAUUAGAUCACAUAGAUGGUGCCACUCCAUCCGCGGCACCUUUCAAAGCCUUAGUGAUGCCAAGGACUUGAAAAUCUGUUACAAUAUUUCUUGUGAAUUUACUAG